AUGGGGGAUAGGAGGGUUCUGCUUGUUGCGUCUCCUGAGGUAGCAGUCUUUGGUUAUGAUGGGGUCGUCUCAUUGGCAAGCGUUCAGGACGCUGUGGAUACUGUUCCGUUGAACAACCAAACGCGCACCGUCAUCAGGAUCGGUCCUGGUGUGCACCAGCAGCAGGUGCGCAUUCCUAGGACCAAGAACUUCAUCACCUUGUGUGGAUCUUCGAUAAAGGACACCGUGAUCUGUUGGGACAACAGGACUACGACUUGCAUCAAACACACUCAGCCAUCAGGAGCGAUUGGCACAGGGACACUGAGCAGUGCAACAGUUAUCGUGGAAGGGGACGAUUUCAUCGCAGAGAAUGUUAUUUUUAAGAACUCAGCUCCCCAGUCUGGACAAGCAGCAGCAGUCCGUGUGACGGCUGACAGGUGUGCCUUUUACGACUGCAGAUUCCUCGGGUGGCAGGAAACCUUACAUUUGCAUGGUGGAAAGCAGCUCCUGAAGAACUGUUACGUUGAAGGUAGUUAUGACUUCAUCUUUGGAGAUUCCGCUGCCCUUCUGGAGCAUUGCCAUAUCCACUGCAAAUCAGCGGGGUAUAUUACUGCUCAUGGCCGGAAAUCAUCUUCAGAACCAACUGGAUUCGUGUUCUUCAAGUGUGUUAUUACUGGCAAUGGAGAAGCUGCCUACAUGUACCUAGGCCGGCCCUGGGAGCCCUUCGGGAGGGUUGUUUUUGCAGAAACUUUCAUGGAUCGCUGCAUAGAGCCUGCUGGGUGGCAUAAUUGGGACAAGCCUGACAAUGAGCAAACCGCCUGCUUCUACGAGUACAGGUGCUCCGGUCCAGGAUCAAGCUCAUCAGGACGGGAACGUUGGUGCAAAGAACUGUUCGGUGAUGAAGCUAUGCCGUUCCUUGCACAGACUUUCAUUGAUCCAGAUAUCGAGAAUCCAUGGUUGGUCCACAGGUUGGGAACUCCAGUCCCAGUUUCAGCGUCUUCACUUGAGUGAAUUUUUGUAGAUGAAUAAAUUAUAAUGGGGAUUGUAACGAGAGGUGAGCAGUAGGUACUGCGAUCAUGUCUAGAGUACG